AUGAGCUCCAGCCUGAACAAGAUCGCCCUGGUGACUGGAAGCACGGAUGGCAUCGGCCGUCACACUGCGCUAAAGUUGGCGCAAGAGGGCUACGAAGUGAUCAUCCAUGGGAGAAACCCGAAGAGGAUCGAAGAUGCACUCGCAUUCAUCAAAUCAAAGUGUCCCAACGCCCAUCUCCAAUCAUUCCAGGCCGAUUUUGCGCGAUUGGACGAUGUCCGUAAGCUCGGGAACGAGAUAGCCUCCAAGUACCAGUGCAUCGACGUUCUGAUCAACAACGCAGGUGUCUACGAGGAGAGUAUGAAGAAGACAGUGGAUGGUUUCGAAAUGACCUUUCAAGUUAACGUCCUCGCCGGAUUCCUCCUUACCACCCUAUUGAUGGACACGGUCGCCAAGGCGGAGGAGCCGAGGAUCAUAAUCACGUCCUCCAUCAGCCAAGGCAGCAGCAUAGACUUCGACAACCUCAACAUGGAGAAAGGGUUCAGCAGCCAUGGGUCAUACUCUCUGUCGAAACUCUGCAACGCCAUGCACGCCAUAGAGUUGGCCGAGAGGAUGAAGAAGCGACACCCGCACGUCACUGUCAACACGCUGGAUCCUGGGACCGUUAACACCAAGAUGCUCCUGGCGGGUUGGGGGAUGUGUGGGAUCGACGUUGAGCGAGCCAACAACGAGUUCAACCUGGCUACAGACGCCUCGCUCAAGGGGAAGAGCGGAUUGUACUUUGUGGGCGGGCGCGAGACUAAAGCCUCGAGGCCGUGCUAUGAUAAGGACCAGAGGCUGAAGCUGUGGAAGAGAAUGGAGGAUAUGACAGGAGUACGCUGUCUCCCCGAAGAUUGA